ACCCCUAAACUAGGUGCAAAACUCUAAACUAAACUUAAGGAAUUUCUUAAACCCCUGAAUUCGGAGCAAAUCCCUAAACUAAACUAAAGAAAUCUAUUAAACCCCUAAACAAGGUGCAACACUUUAAACUUUACUUAAGAAAUUUAUUAAACCCCUGAGUUAGGUCCAAAACUCUAAACUAAAAUAAGAAAUUUAUUAAACCCCUGAAUUCGGUGCAAAACUCUAAACUAGACUUAAGGAAUUUAUUAAACCCCUGAAUUAGGUGCAAAACUCUAAACUAGACUUAUGGAAUUUAUUAAACCCCUGAAUUAGGUGCAAAACUCUAAACUAAACUUAGGGAAUUUAUUAAACCCCUGAAUUCAAUGCAAAACUCUAAACUAAAAUAAGAAAUUUAUUAAACCCCUGAAUUCGGUGCAAAACUUUAAACUAAAAUUAGAAAUUUAUUAAACCCCUGAAUUAGGUGAAAAACUUUAACUAAAAUAAGAAAUUUAUUAAACCCCUGAAUUCGGUGCAAAACUUUAAACUAAAAUUAUGAAAUAUGUAACCAAAUGGUUUAGGUUCAAAACUCUGAGCUAAAUCUAGUAAAAAUAAUCGGUAAUGUUCUUUUAAAAAAUCAAAAAUUAUAAAAUUUGAAUUAGGUCCAAAAUUCUAAGCUAAAGCUAGACAUCCAGUCUUUGCUGGAUCAGAAAGAAGAUCUACAGGAUGAAAAAAAUCAACUUCAAGAAAAGAAUGUACGGUUGUGUACUGAACUGCAGAACCUUCUAAGCCUUGAACCUGAACAGAGUUUGGAUGUUGAUCAUCUCAUCAUGGAGAAUAGGAGCCUUCUUCAGCAAAUUCAACGACUCAGACUUCAAGUCAAGAAAGAUCCUAAAUUAGGAGCAGAGCAACAGCGAUUGUUUGAAUUAUUGGAUGGUGUUACAUUUCCAGUUUCACAUCCAGUUGAUUUGACGUCAGUGGAAGGAUUAACUGGUUUAGCGAUAUCUCUGUUGGAAACAUUACAGGAUCGCCAAAUUCAGAUGAGACAUCUCCGAUCCAACAAUAGGGAUUUGGCUGGUAAACUGCUUCUAUUGGAGGAUGCAGGAAGCACCAAAUCUAAACCUACACAGACCUUGUUGCAACCAUUGGCCAAAACUAACAGUUCAGAUGAAAUGGAUUUCGACAAACUAACCGUUCUGAUCCAAACCAAACUUGAAGAGAAAGCUUCACAAGAUGGCGUCACCUCUACCCACCUGGAGUGCAUUCAACUUCCGGAAGUAUUUAAAGAUCAAGAGCAGAUCGAAAAAGAAAAAGAAGAAAUUGAAGAAAAUGUUCGAAAAAUCAUUGAGAGAGAAGAGGCGAGAAAAAAAAUAGAGGAUCUAAGUUUUGUUGUUGAAAAUAAAUCGGAAAGAAGAGAAAAGAGUAUAAAAGAAGAAGGAUUACAAAGAGCAUUGUCUGGAACUAAAACCCCAGAUAUUCUCAGCUUUGUCAGUCGAGUAGCUGUUCAUUCAACAGAGGAAGCAGAAAACUAUAUAGAUGAAGACGACCUGGAAAUAAUAAAUAUUAAUCAAUUGUAAAAUUAUACAAAAAAGAACUGAUUAUCAGCAGCAAACUCUAGUAUCAUAAUCUUUGCAACCUGGUGCUGAACAGUUGUACAUAUCUUAAGCUGAAUUCUGCUAAAUCUACCAAACAAAGUUUGAAAUUUUCUAACAUGUUGUACAUUUAGGUUGCAAAGAUACCAGGAUUGCAAAGUAAUCAUUCUACGAACUUUUAUCGCUUGUUGAACUUGUCAUGAGUCUAAUUUGUGCCAAAAUAAAGAUGAAAUAUAAUGAAUUACAAAACAGAAUAAAAAAUUUAAAAAAUCA